UUUAGGUUCACAGAGAGAGAGAGAGGGAACGAAAUGGGAGUGCUUUCCAAUAUGAUCGAUCGGGAACAACUGAAGCCCGGUGAUCACAUUUACUCUUGGAGGCAAGCAUACAUCUACGCGCAUCACGGAAUAUAUGUUGGUGAUGGACUGGUAAUCCAUUUUACCAGAGGAGCAGGCCAAGAAAUUGGAACAGGAACUAUGUUGGACAAUCUCCUUUUUAGUUCAUCUCCCUCUCAUUCUUCUGAAGGUCCAUGCCCAAGAUGUGGUGACCAAACUAGGACUGAUGGUGUAAUCUCUUCUUGUUUGGAUUGUUUUCUUUCUGGUGGUAGUCUAUACAUCUUUGAGUAUGCAGUCUCAACUGCACUUUUUUUAGCCCAAGCUCGAGGAGGUACCUGCACCCUUGCUCCUUCUGAUCCAGCUGAAGGUGUCCUUCGCCGUGCUUCAUUUCUUCUUGAAAAUGGAUUUGGGGGCUACAAUGUUUUCAAAAAUAAUUGUGAAGACUUUGCGAUUUACUGCAAAACAGGUCUGCUUGUAUUCAAGAGCAUCAGUAUUGGCCGGAGUGGGCAAGCAGCAUCUUGCUUAGCUGCUGCUACUGCGGUAGUUUCUACACUGCUUGGUUGGAUGACCACCGGUUUUAGUGGUUUGGCACUGGCUGGCUUUGGCAAGUAUUGUUUUAGCCGAUUGGCUUCUGAUAUUGGGGUACGCCGUGAUGUGUCUAAAGUUCCAGUGGAAAGGCUUAUAGCUUCACCAGAGAGUACGAAUGAGAUAGCCAAGGAAGAUUAGCGUUGGUUGAAAAACCCAUCGUAUGGAAUGCUAGUUUGAUUAAUGUUGUCAAUUGUUAAAUGUAGACAUGUGAAAUUCCAUACAUUUCUUCGAUAUAUGCUGUUUUCAUUUGUGCAGUUUCUACAUGUACUCACAAACAAUUAUGUUGUUUGGAUACUGCAUCACCUGCAGCAAUUAUCUUGCUACCUUGUUAACUUAUAAAACAAUGACUUGGGCUUGUAGCUUGUAGCUUGAUUUCUGUUAUCAAAAUAACAUGACGACCCUACCCAUCGGU